GCAGACUAUUAACGACCAUCACGACUCCAGUACUGGUAACACUCUGUACCCCGGCUUCUCUCUUCAUUUUCGCUUUCAUACAUGUCAUGGCUCUUUCUUCCUGUUCUCCAGACCACAAUUCUUCAUGCGUCGCCUGCCGCGUUCUACUUCUCAUAGACGUACAAGUUGGGAUGCUUGCAGAUGCUCCAAAAGGAGUCCCAUCAUCAAAAUCUGUGCAUCAAAACAUUCAGCGCAUUCUCUAUCAAGCACGCGCAGAAAACCACCCCCCUCGGAUAAUACAUGUGCGCAACACUGGUGAAUUCGGCGAACCAGACGAGCCAAACACCCCUGGCUGGCAGCUCAUCUUCCCACCACUACCUAACGAGUUUGUAGUCGACAAGCUCAAAAAUAACGCCUUCGCUGGCACGAAUCUCAGCGAUCUCAUUUCGCCGGAUGCCGAAAUUGUCGUAGUGGGCAUGCAGAGUGAUUUCUGUAUCCGGGCUACAUGCAGUGCAGCUCUUGGGAGAGGGAAUGAAGUUCUUUUGAUGAAGGGAGCCCAUGCCACAUACGACAGACUUGAAGUCUGGAAUGGAGGAGGCGUGACUCCAGCUUGCAGGAUCGAGGCUGAAAUACAGGCUGAACUAGAGGAAGCGGGCGUGAUUUUGCUAGAUAUGAAGGAUCUUCCAGGACUGUUCACAGAUCGGUAACUAUGGCAUGCCUAUCUUUCACAUUUCUAGGUUGUAUAAUGUCUCUUGUCUUUGGGUUCAAUGCAGAAACACGAGUUUAGCGUCUUUUGUCCAUCCUUCUCCUUUUCUCUUCUAUUACACUACUGCUUUCGUCCUAGAUCUCAAAGUCCGUGACAUAUCAAAGGUUUCUU